CCUUUGAACUGAUUGUGGCCAUGCGGUGCCUGUCGGCGACCUCCUUCUUCCUCUGUCUGUGGCUGGUAGAGCGAAGCCGUGGCAAUAGCAGCUUGGGCAACAGCCUCAGCGAGCUGCACACAGAGUUCAGUGUCAGCCUCUACCAAACCCUGACUGAGACAGAGAACAACUCCAACCUAAUUGUGUCCCCAGUCAGCAUUUCGCUGAGCCUGGGGCUGCUACAGCUGGGUGCCAGGGGCAACACGUUGGCGCAACUAGAGGGAACUAUGGGAUAUGAUGUUAAUGACGAUCGUAUCCAGGAGGCUGUGUCCCUACCGCAAGGUGACCUGGGUAAUUCUACUCAGGGAGUUCGGCUCCAGCUCACCAACACGCUGUUCAUCCAGGGCGGGGUCCAGCUUCUGCCGGCAUUUACCCAACGUGUCAAGCGAUGGUACAACAGCAGUUUAGUGAGUGUGAACUUCAGCAGGCCCAAUCACACGCAUGGUCAGCUCCAGCAGGAGGCGCAUGGCAGAGUAGGUGGGCAGGAAGUGGAUUCCGGUGAUGGUGAAGAGGGGGCUUUGUGGUGGGCUGCUGCGCCUCAUAUGGCCCUGCUGAGUUCGGUGGUGUUCCAGGGUGCCUGGCAGAAACAGUUUCUGUCCACCGAGACGCAGAACCUGCCCUUCACCCUGUCUGACGGCCGCACCAUCAAAGUGCCCAUGAUGUACCAAUCAACUGAGGUGAACUUCGGUCAGUUUCGCUUGCCCUCAGAGCAGCGCUACACUGUGCUCGAGCUGCCAUACCUGGAUCGAUCGCUCAGCCUGUUGGUGGUGUUGCCCAGUGACAGGAAGACACCUCUUUCACAGCUGGAGGCUCAACUCACAGGCCAUGCUGUGGCACUCUGGGAUACCGGACUACGACGCACCAAAAUGGACGUCUUCCUCCCCAGGUUUAAGAUGCACACUCGGGUCAACCUGAAGCCUGUUCUCCAGUCUCUCGGGAUCUCUGACGCUUUUGAUUCCUCCGCUGCAGAUUUCAGAGGGAUAUCAGAUAUGGAGGGUCUGUAUGUUUCAGAGGCUUUUCACGAGGCUAGGAUGGAAGUGACUGAGGACGGUACAAGAGCAGCAGCAGCUACAGCGAUGGUGCUACUGAAAAGGUCCAGAGCCCCAGUAUUUAAAGCAGACCGUCCAUUCCUUUUCAUCUUACGGCACAUAGACAGAGGCUCAGUGCUGUUUAUGGGCAGAGUGUUGAAUCCAGCAGAACAGGUUCACUGAGAAGACCAGCAAACUCUACACACAAAAACACUGUCCACGAAAGACACACAGCAUGCGGCCUGACCACAUCAGACCAUUCACUCAAACCCAUCUCACACAGGUUUAUAAAACAUGGAACCUUAAAAAAAAUUAUAAUAAUUACAAUGUUUAUACACAAAUCCCUACACAAACUCAAGCUUCCCCCACCUCCCUCGUGGGGGGGUCAGAGGUUAUUUUUUGGGGCCAAUCAAAGGGUUUACUGACACUUUCAGGAAGAGGGACAACACAUUUGUACAUAUCUGUAAAUAAACUUUUAAUACAGCUA